AUGUGGCGCUUCUACAAAAUCGAGAAGCUCCUUGGCCGCAUGGACGAGCGUUGCAUCGACAGCACAGAGCGCAGCGAAGUGCAUCGCUGGGUGGCACGAUGCCACAUUGCAUAUCUCAUCUACCAGUUUAUCUUCAUCUCCUACACCAUAUCUACAUUUCUUACGGCAACCUACUCGGGUGUGGUGCCAUGGAAUAUCUACAAUCCAUUCAUUGAUUGGCGCGAGAGCACACGGAACCUUUGGAUUGAUUCGAUGCUGGAAUUAAUGUUCAUAAUUGGCAUAGUUAUCCAAACCUAUAUGACAGAUGUGUUCCCCCUUCUGUACGGUCUGAUGUUACGGGCCCACAUUAAGCUCCUCAGGCAGAGAGUCGAGAAACUUUGCUUGGAUCCCAGUCAGACUGAUGAUGAAAACAAUGAGGAGCUCGAGAAUUGCAUCGAGGACCACAAACUUAUUCUAGAAUACGCCUCUGUCAUACGUCCUGUAAUCGAACCUACCAUCUUAGUGCAAUUCAUGCUGGUCGGCUUAGUCCUGGGGAUAUCCCUGAUCAAUCUUUACUUUUUUGCUGACACCUGGGCAAAACUGGCUAUAGCCGCGUACAUAGUCGUUCAGAUUUUUCAGACAUUUCCCUUCUGCUACACCUGCGACCUCAUCAGGGAGGACUGUGAGUCCUUGGCCAUGGCCAUAUUUCACUCCAACUGGAAGGGCUCGAGUCGCAGAUAUAGAUCCUCGUUGAUUUACUUCCUGCAGAAUGCCCAGAGGACGAUCUCCUUCAACGCCGGAUCUGUAUUUCCCAUAUGCUUGAACACCAACAUCAGGGUUGCCAAACUAGCCUUUUCUGUGGUUACAUUUGUGAAGCAAUUGGGAUUAGGAUCCGAGAUAAACAAGUAA